AUGCGCAUUGGUCAAUAUCUCAUUGGGGCUUGCUCUCUGCUAGCCUUUCAUACCGUUCUCGCAUCUUCGCCAAUAGGAGAAGAAACCGAAACCGUGCCGGAGUUGUCGGUGGUUGGGUCCUUCGCUGAAAGCAACCCAUUCGGUCAUGUCGUUAACGGAGAAAAGAACCAGCUGUCUAUAGCCGUAGAGAACAAGACACCUCGGGUUGUGACCGUCGUUAGCGUUGCGGGCUCUGUUCACCACCCGGAGACUGACAAACUCAUCAAGAACCUUACGAGCGUCAAAUACGACGUCCAAGUCCCGCAAGGCCUGAAAAUAAACCUUCCAUAUAACUUCCAUAGCGAAUUCAAGCCCGGAGACCUCCGCUUACGCGUAUGGCUGGACCACCUCAGUGAUGAUGAAAAACUGCGAACAGUAGCCUACGAUUCAAUCGUAGCUAUCGUUGAACCUGAAGGUUCUAUCUUCGACCUCAAACUUUUGAUUACUUACCUCAUCGUCGCCGCUUUCUGUGGAGGUCUUGGGUAUUUCGCCUAUCUUUCAUUUGUUCCUCAAGCGAAGAAACCCCGUGGAAAGGCCAGUGUGCAAUCCGUAAGUGCGCCUACAGGUACAGUGACUGCUAGCGGCGCGGGCGGCUAUCAGGAAGAGUGGAUCCCUGAGCACCAUCUCAAGCGCACUAAGGCAGGGAAGAAGGACGGUGGUUUCACAACUGGAACAAGUGGGGAUGAGCUCAGUGGCGGUGAAGUUAGUGGCACCGAGGGUAGGAAACGCAAAACAAAGAAGUAA